AAGGACUCAGAAAAUCCAAGCGACGAAGAAAUAGACCUACCCAGCGGCGAGGCAUUUGCACAGGUCGAUGAGACGAUAGAAGAAAUUCAUACCAUCUUCUUGAACUUGAAGACAGAAUCUCUUCGGCUUCGUCAAGAGAAGGACGCAUUCGAUUCAGUCGCCAAGAAAUUGGAACACGUUCAUUUCUCGUCCACCAUUAAACUCAAUGUUGGCGGACAAUUSUKCACYACAAGUCUUCAAACACUGACCAAAGAUGCUGGAUCCAUGCUUCAUGCCAUGUUUUCUGGUCGUUUUGAUACCAAACCAGCAGAAGACGGCAGCUACUUCAUCGACCGAGAUGGCACGURCUUYCGCUACAUCCUGAAUUAUUUGAGAACCGGUAAACUUCUGCUACCAGAUGACAAGUUGGUUGAGAAAGAAGUCUUAGAAGAAGCAAACUUCUACCAGAUACAGGGAAUCAUAGACGCAUAUGCUUCUGAACAACUUCUGAACAACUGUUUCUUUAGAAACACUUACGGAGCUCCAUAGUUCCUAGAGGGAAAUGGUUAGGAAGCUUUUGUUGUAGUUUUUUGUGCACUUACAUUUCCCAAGCGUGACCGUGCACAAUCUAGCCAUAGUGGUCACAUCUAAAUGAACACAGGGAAAAUUAUUCUUUUGACUAUUUCUUCAAAAUGCACAAAACAUUUUAACCAAUAUUGAAAUAAUUCAUUUCAUAAUGUCAUAGAGAGUGUUUAUGUUUAGUCAUUUUGCAAUUUCCAUCGUCUGUAAGAAAAAAGCAAGAGGAGACGAAGGGUUCCUGGGAGAAAUAUAUCUGUUCUUAUGUCCCAGACAGCUGUAAGUUACAACUGGUUGCCAGCAAAUAAUACAUUCAGGAAUAUMUUUUUUUAAUCACGGAGAGGAAUCCUAGGAAUCUCUUCACGAUCUUUGCAGGAAGGAAAAUCUCGAAUAUCUCCAAUUGUAUCUCUUCAAUACUCAAGUGGUAACGGCCGUAAGGGAGAGUUUUUCCCAAUUUAUAAUUCUAGUUCUCAUUCACUUUUUCUCAKGAYAAAAAUCGUAUAAGAACAGUUAUUUAGAAGAACAGACCUGGUCGGCUCCUCCUGAAAAAGUUAACUAUACUCACCCUAGUUUAACGAUAUUUUCCAUCGUACUAUAGAAUGACUUCGUACUCGGGUUCGUACAAAUGAAGUAUUAUAGUUUAGAGAGAGUUACACGAUAGAUAGGGUCAUUCGUU